UUUAAUUUUUUUUAUUGAAAAAACUUUUGCAGAAGCCAGCAUUAAUCGUCAACUACAUUAUAACCCCAAUGAAACAAUAUAUUUCUUGGAGAAGGACAUCAAACAAGGCACAAAGAUGAACUUGGACCUCUCUAAAGAAGCAAAUGGAGUAACAUUCUUACCUCGAACAGUUGCUCAGUCGAUGCCCUUUUCAUCGAAUGAGUUUCCUAAAAUUCUGAACCGGUUUUCUGUGAAACCCAAUUCAGCAGAAGCCAAGAUUAUGAAAAAAACAAUCGAAGUUUGAACAGAGAUGCCUGCCUUUAAAGGAGAGCUGAAAUAUUGUGCAACUUCAUUAAAGUCGAUGAUUGAUUUCUGCACUUCCAUGCUUGGCAAAAGAGUCAAGGCAUUGUCGACAGAGUUGGAAAAAGAGACUCAAUUGAGGAAGUAUAGUGUUGUGGGAUUCAAGAAGAUUGGUGGUGGUGAAGUGGCAGUGUGUCAUAUGCUCAAGUACCCAUAUGCGGUGUUUUCCUGCCACAACGUGCACUCGACCAAAGUGUACAUGGUUUCAUUGGAAGAUGCUAAGGAGGGCGGGACAAAAGCGACAGGUGUGGCAGUGUGUCAUACAGAUACAGCAGCAUGGAGUCCCAACUUCGAGGCUUUUCAAAUGCUCAAGGUCAAACCAGGAACUGUCCCUAUUUGCCAUAUUCUUCCUGAAGAUAAUAUUGUCUGGCUUCCUAACUAAAUCUGUCUAUAUAUAUUGUGGUUUUAAAUAAUGUGUCGGCAUAUAUAUCGAUAUCAGCUAUACGGUUACGUAUCGAUUGAUAUUGAAUUGUAUUGACCGAUAUAUUAAUGAAUAACAGUAUCGAAAGUCCUCAAUCCCGAUACAUAACAACGAUGUUUAAAACCUUAAUGUAUAUAAUCAAUGCCUAUUAUGUAGUUCCAUAUGUUUGUUUGUGUAAUUAUUUAAUGUUUACUUUAUAUUAAUUAAUAACUUCAACCAACUUUA